AUGGCUGUCCAAAGUGCAACAGAAGGAGCAGCAGAGGUUGGGAAAGCAGCAGUAACGACAGCUCUCCGAAGUGCAACAGCAGAAGCUGGGAAAACAGCGGGAAAGGCGGUUGUGCAAAGUGCAACAGGAGGAGCAGCAGAGGUUGGGAAAGCAGCCGUGACUAUCGCUGUCAAAAGUACAACAGAAGGAGCAGGAGAGAUUGGAAAAACAGCCGUAACGAUGACUGUCCAAAGUGCAACAGCACGAGCAGCAGAAGUUGGGAAAACAGCGGUGAAGACAGUUGUCCAAAGUGGAGCAGCAGGGGCAGCAAAUGUUGCAAGUAAAUCAAUGAAAACAGUUGUGGAAGGUACAACAGCAGCAGCAGCAGAGAUGAAUUCAUCAAUAUUUCUAAGUCAAAUGAAAUCAUCUUUAGAUCGAUUAGAUCGACGAAAUUUACGUUAUCAACGAGAAAAUAUUUUGAAAAAUCAACAUUAUCAAGAUUUAGUUGAUCGAUAUUAUCCAAAUUACCAAUUAUUUGAACCACUACAGAAUUAUAAUUUAAUCUUUAUACAUAAGCAGACAUCAACAGAAAUUUUAAAUCAUGUCAUAGGAUAG